UGCGGGCAGACGUUCGCCAAGAAGCACCAGCUGAAGGUGCACCUGCUGACGCACAGCAGCAGCCAGGGCCAGCGGCCCUUCAAGUGCCCCCUGGGCGGCUGCGGCUGGACCUUCACCACGUCCUACAAGCUCAAGAGGCACCUGCAGUCGCACGACAAGCUGCGGCCCUUCGGCUGCCCCGCCGAGGGCUGUGGCAAGAGCUUCACCACCGUGUACAACCUCAAGGCACACAUGAAGGGCCACGAGCAGGAGAACUCGUUCAAGUGCGAGGUGUGCGAGGAGAGCUUCCCCACGCAGGCCAAGCUCAGCACCCACCAGCGCAGUCACUUCGAGCCCGAGAGGCCCUACCAGUGUGCCUUCUCAGGCUGCAAGAAGACCUUCAUCACCGUCAGCGCCCUGUUCUCCCACAACCGCGCCCAUUUCAGGGAACAGGAACUCUUCGCCUGCUCCUUCCCGGGCUGCAGCAAGCAGUAUGACAAGGCUUGCCGCCUCAAGAUCCACCUGCGUAGCCACACGGGUGAGAGGCCCUUCCUCUGCGACUUCGACGGCUGCGGCUGGAACUUCACCAGCAUGUCCAAGCUCCUGCGGCACAAGAGGAAGCACGAGGACGACCGCAGGUUCACCUGCCCCGUGGAGGGCUGCGGCAAGUCCUUUACCAGGGCCGAGCACCUCAAAGGCCACAGCAUCACCCACCUGGGCACGAAGCCCUUCGUGUGCCCCGUGGAAGGCUGCUGUGCUAGGUUCUCUGCCCGGAGCAGCCUCUACAUCCACUCCAAGAAGCACCUGCAGGACGUGGACACUUGGAAGAGCCGCUGCCCGGUGUCCACCUGUAACAAACUCUUCACCUCCAAGCACAGCAUGAAGACCCACAUGGCCAAGAGGCACAACCUGGGCCAGGAUCUCUUGGCGCAGCUGGAGGCGGCCAAUUCCCUCACGCCCAGCAGCGAACUGACCAGCCAGGGCCACAGUGAUCUCAGUGGCCCCGAGAUAGUGUCUCUCUUCUCCGACGUGCCUGGCGCUGGCUCUGCCGCCGUGCUGGACACGGCCUUGGUCAAUUCGGGAAUCCUGACGAUCGAUGUGGCUUCCGUGAGCUCCACUCUGGCGGGGAGCCUCCCCGCCAGCAGUCCAGAUGCCCUGGGGCCUGCUGUGGAUGCCCGCGCCCUGAGGCCCGCCAGCGACCUGCCCCAGAGUCUGGACACCUCGCUCUUCUUCGGAACCACGGCCUCUGGCUUUCAGCAGAGCCCCCUGGAUCUGGAUGAUGUCUCCAGUGGCAGCGUGGGGCCCUUGGGCUCCCUCGACUGUCUGGCCAUGAAAAACGCAAGCGCAGAGCCCCAGGCUCUGACGCCCAGCAGCAAGUUGACCGUGGACACGGAAGCUCUCACUCCUUCCAGCACCCUCUGUGAAAACAGCGUCUCAGAACUCCUGACUCCAGCCAAAGCCGACUGGCAUGUCCAUCCUGACUCGGACUUCUUUGCGCAGGAGGAAGACAGCCAGUUUGGCUUCUCCAACCCAACAGGAAACCAUGGCUGUCACAAAGAAACAGAUCUUAUCACAGCGACGGGCAGCUCCUUUUUGGUAUGA